ACUUCUUUGGAGGGGGAAGGGGCAGCAGAGAACCCUAAAACAAAAUUCACAGCCUUUUGAGAAAGCAAAUUAAUGGAAAUUGCAAGCAGACUUGAAAAGAAGCUCAAAGCUUGAUUCACGUGUUCAUAUUAGCUGUUACUAUAGACUCCAUCAUAGCAUUAGGAAAAUAUCACGAAAAUACCAGUGCCUAACAGUUAAGGUUAAUCACCUUAAAAGGGCAAAUGAAUUUAAUUAAGCAUAAAAUUAAUAUGUGCUUUAUCUGGAAAUGUAAAAAUUCACAUUCAUUCAAUCUAAAACAUCUUUUCCAUCAUAUAGAUUGCCCCAAGGACUAAGAAGUGCUCACUCAGAGAGCCCUGUGAGAUAAUGCAUCCACGAUAAGUCUUGUUUAACUUUCAGUUUUAAAAAAGGGUCUUAAUGGGUGAUUGUUCUUUGAACCAUGCUUUAAAGUUAAUAAGUGGAAGAAAGUGUGGAAUAUUGAAGUGUGUCAUUUAAAACAAAAUUGAUGUUCGCCUGUUUAAAAAAAAUAAAAUGCGGACUGGGAAACGCAGCUGUUAGAGCUUUGAUAGAGGUUAUGAUUUUCAACAGUUGAGCUAUAGUUUAUGGUACAGAUGGUACUUUGGGUAUAGAUGAAACAAUAAUUGAUGGUUUCUGUUUCCCUCCUCCUCUAUUAGAUUCAAAAGAGUAGAAUACCUUUUUCCCAAGGCAGGAAUUUUUCAGUUUCCAAUUACAACCUGUAUCAAAUAAACAACUCUUCUAUUGCAUGUUCGGUCCUUCCCCAGUGACCGGGUGUUGGCCCCUCUCUCUUCUCAUUACAGUAGGCUUCCCCAGAUGUGAAGUAAUAGUUUCAGGGAAAUCCUACUUCUCAGUACUAACCUGCAGUUUACAUAGCCUAUCUUCAGGCCAAAGAACGUAUAAUUUUUCUUUUAGAAUACUAAAACCAAAGUCUUGCAUUGCUCCAAGCAAAAUUAGCAAACAAAACUCCUAUGAAACAAAAAUGGUAGGCACCAAUGUCAUAUACUUGAAAAAACUUAACCACAGGAAUUACUUAGACACACAGAUAUAUCCCAAAUUUUGAGCAUAAUAAAAAAAUGGCAUGUUUCAAAUGAUAAAACAUAGAGGCUUUUUAAAAAGGAAAAUAAUUGUGUCACACAUUUCUUAAGUUUUGUUUUACAAUCUAUGUUCAGACUAAAUCAAGUUUGAGUGAUAAAUCAUUUUUUCAUCUCCUAUUAGUGUUUUAAACUUGACAUAGCAUAUUUUAUUUUUAAUUCCUCUGCUGAUUUUUAUUCUGAAAAGUAAAAUAUGUACAUUUUCAGCAUCUGCCAAAUGUUCAGUUAUCAUACUGUAAGGUUUCAUAUAAAUGCUAUAUAAAGACUAUAAAGCAAUAGUCUGUUCAGGGUUUAGAUGUAACUAAUUAUGGUUCAAAAUGCCACUGAUUAACAAAAUUCUUCUAUAGAUUUUACCUUUUAAGUUAGCAUUUAUACAUAAUAGACUAUUGUCCAAAGUAUUACUCUAGAGAAACUAGCUUUAUCUUUAAUUUUUAGUGCAGUUUGUCAUUUAUCCAUUGACUGGAGUUGAAGUAAAAAGAACUCAACACUGUGUUACUUCCUUGUACAAACUGAUAUAUGCUUUUAAGACAAGAAUAGCGUUUGUAAGAUUUUUUGGAAGCGUAAAGUAUUUUACUUUUUAAGUUAGAUUCAUCCUAAUCACAAGAAGUAUUCCGAACAGGGGUUUUCUAGUCUUUUGCAUGAAGAUUUACAAGGGGUGGGGGCAGGAACCGGCACCGACAAGCCCCUACCCUGUGGCAGUGCUUCGCACUCCGCUCUGCAGGACGCGCCCGAGGAGAGCGGCGGGGAGAGGGCUGCGGCCGGACCGUCUACCCGCCGCGUCCAGAGACGGCAGCACAGGCAGGCUUCAGAGGGCAGCGCGCUUGGAAAGCGCAGGAGCAUCAGACGGUGAAGGAGGAGACACAGAUGUGACACAGCAGGAGACAGCUCCAGUUCCUGCCCUGUCAAAGGAAACCCAGCAGCCUAAAGAAUGUUUCUUAAUACAACCAAGGGAAACAAAAGAAGAUGCUACCAAGACCAGGAAGAGGAGAAAGAAGAAAAUUACUGACGUUCUUGCAAAAUCAGAGCCAAAACCAGGGACCCCUGAAGACCUGCAGAAGCUGAUGCAGGACUAUUACAGCAGCCGUCGUGCGGUGAUUGAGUUAGAAGAGCUCAACCUCCCAGACACCUGUUUCCUCAAGGCCAAUGAUUUGACUCAUAGUCUUUCAUCAUACCUAAAAGAAAUCUGUCCUAAGUGGGUAAAACUUCGGAAGAACCACAGUGAGAAGAAGUCGGUCGUGAUGCUGAUCAUCUGCGGCUCUGCCAGCCGAGCCCUAGAGCUCAUUAGGUCGAUGACAGCAUUCAGAGGAGACAGUAAAGUUAUCAAGUUAUUUGCAAAACACAUAAAGGUCCAGGAGCAGGUAAAGAUGCUGGAAAAGCGUGUCGUGCACUUGGGUGUCGGAACUCCAGGGAGGAUUAAAGAACUCAUUAAACAAGGUGGCCUCAAUUUGAACCCCUUGAAGUUUCUGGUUUUUGACUGGAACUGGAGAGAUCAGAAGCUGAGGAGAAUGAUGGACAUUCCCGAGAUAAGAAAGGAGGUUUUUGAACUUGUGGAAAUGGGAGUCCUCAGUCUGUGCAAGUCAGGAUCUUUGAAGCUGGGCCUUUUCUGAGUCUGGGUCCUAAUGAAAAUUCCAGUUUUUGUGAUGGGAUUUGCAUCUCAUUUAAUGGCUCUGGCACAUUGCAAGCACUCAGAAAAUGCCAGCUAUUGUUUUCUUAUGUUAACUGCAUCACCAGGUGGAUCACCGGAAUGUAUGAUGGGGAUUCUUUGACCAAAAUGGAUCUGCCCUUUGCCAACUCCCUUGGAUAAUAAAGUAUCACUAGCUUGCA